AUGCGUCAACCAAAAGGUUUUGUCCAUCCAGAUUAUCCUCAUUAUGUUUGCAAGUUACAUCGUGCUCUAUAUGGUCUUAAACAAUCACCACGUGCUUGGUUCUAUCGUCUUGCUCGUUUUCUUCUUGAUCUUGGUUGUACACAAUCUGUUUUUGGCUCUUCGAAGUCAUUGGUAUCUCAGUUCAUCACUUCUAUGAGUAUGGAAUUCUCAAUGAAGGACUUAGGCCCUCUUACUUACUUUCUUGGCGUUGAAUUGAAGCAUAAUUCCUUGGGGCUGCUAUUGGUGCAAUAUUGUUAUAUUACUUCUAUACUUCAUCGGUUUAAACUUGAGAAGUGUAAAUCCGUACAUACUCCACUUCACAGUAAGCUUGACUGGAAUUCAACUUCUUCUCCUUUGCUUGAAGAUCCUUCUACCUAUCGUCAAAUGCCGAGACAAUUACAUCUUCAGGUAGUAAAACGCAUUUUCAGGUACCUAAGUGGUACAACUGAUUGGGGCUUGCAGUUAUACAAAAAAUCUUUCCUUGCACUUACUAUUUAUUGCGACUCUGAUUGGGAUGGUUGCUCUGCUACAAGACGAUCAACAACUGGUUUCUGCAUUUUUCUUGGCUCCAAUCGCAUCUCUUGGUCCGCUAAGAAACAACCUAUAGUUGCAUGCUCUAGUACUGAAGCUGAUUAUAGGGCUCUUUCUAUUGCAACUGCUGAGGCUACAUGGGUCCAAUACAUUCUUCAUGAUCUUGGUCUUUUUCUUACUUCUCCCGUCUCCGCAAAAUAUGACAACAUUGGAGCAAUUCACCUAGUGCAUAAUCCAGUUUUUCACUCUCGUACAAAACACAUUGCUUUGGACUAUCAUUUUGUUCGUGAAAAUAUCAGUCAUGGUGACUUGGUGGUAUCUCAUGUUCAUACCUCUGAACAACUUGCAGAUUUGUUAACUAAAGUUUUGCCUUCUAGCCGUUUUCGUGAGCUCACUGUCAAUCUUCAUGUUCAUUCUUCCCGUUUAGAUUGA